CGACGGUGAUCUAGUUCUAGACUAUGUCCGGUACCGGCCUAAUUAUUUUUUCGGAGUAUUCCUCAGAAAAACAAGACUUGGACAAAUAAUACUGAAGCGUUACCUCGACAAGACGUUUACGCAGCACGAAAAUCGUUGGACGCACCAAUCAGAAAUAACAUCAAUGCAUGAGGCAGCGUCAACUACAUUUUUUGGACCGGUGUGCACACAUACGCCAAUGGACCCAGCACCAGACACGGAAGUAAGUCACGCAACAUGUUUUACUCCUACUGAAGCGGACAUGGAGGAAGCUACAACAUGCUUGGACAUGCCAGAUGACCCAGUGCCAGCUCCACCUGCCCCAGUACUGCCGCCAGCAGGAUCCAAACUUCAGGACGACGAUUCCCGUGAUAGCGUUUCACGUAAUAACGUAAAAAUGCAACUGGCUCUCCUCAUGGUUCUUGUGACCUUUACCUAUCUGUCUUGUGAGGUACAAUCUGUACUUAGCUGGUAUGUUGAUAGAGGUAUGGGACACAUGUCAGCAGAUUGCAAAACAACACUUAUAUAUCAAAUGCAGAAGAAAUGCACGGAUCAAGCCAGAGGGGUCACGCUUCAUUCAUUCCACGGCUGCAAGUUUGUUUGUAAAAGAAGUGAUGUAAUCGCUGCUGUCGGAAUCGCACAAACAUGGACAAUAAAUUUGAAGAACGGCAUUCCUUGCGGAUCACUGGGUGAGACAUGCCAGCAGGGAGAAUGCGAAGCCAUCGACACAUGUGAAACUUUCUUCGUCUAGAAAACUGCUGGAAAGAACACAUCAGAAAUCUGCAAAAUGCAAACCGAUGCCGUUAACGACGUCUGUAUAACACGAGAACGCCGACGAGAGAGCGCGCGGCACGAGAGCACAGCUACACGAGAGCGCAUGUGCACGGCGCAGGAACUUUUUGAGGAUGGCUCAUAGAUCAUGCAAACGAGAGCCUGGAAACACGAGUCAUCGCAACAUCCGUGGUUCGAAUGCCGCCUGUCCAAGUUUUCUCGUUGAACUCAUUGCCGCGCGCCAUUCGAAGCGCGGAUUUCGCGGUGACUCUCGUUCGAAUCUGUGGGCAGACCGUCUUUUGUACGAUGUCUAAGCAGCGUCACACCGGCUUAAGGCGGCAUUAUUUGAUAAGAAAGGCAACAUUGAAGGCUUCGUGUUCUUCAGGCUGAAUGGCAUUCUUAAAACAAUUUUGUGCGUUUUUUGUUUGUUUGUUGUUUUUUAAUAUUGGGUAUGUAAAAUGAUGGGUAUCAUGACCUCUUGUAUAUUCAAAAUAAAAACUCGUUUUUUACCACUCAAAAUUAAUUUUUCGGGACUUGCUGCCGAUUCCAAGUUUGACUUAAAAGUUCCCGUGAAGUAACCCCAGGCUAUGCGCAUCACCAGCCUUCAAACCCAACUACAAACAAAUAGCCGAAUUUGGGUAUUACUGAACUACUGCUCAAAAAGGAUUCCGCACGAAAUGGUCCAGGACAGAAUUGCGCACCGUGAUUAAUCUUAGAGCCUACGGUUGGAUUCUGCCAUCUUUACAACGCGUUGCACCAUUACGUCCUGCAAAUGGCUGCUGUCGUCAGUUAAAAAAAAACAAAAAAA